UUUUAUAACUGAUGGCAAUGUUAAGGAAAGGGACGAACAAAAAUCAAGAGCUGAGUGAAAUUAUCGGCUCUGAUGAUUCCUUCUCUGAAAGUGACGAUGAAAACGAUCCCCUCGGAAAGCUUCGAAAUGAUAACGAGGACAAAUACAAUCUUGAUAAAAGAGUUAUGGCAAGGUAUGGGACAGGAGUAGAUCAUAAAAAGAGCUUGACGAAUUACUAUAUUAAAUUUACAGGAGUUUUGAUAGUAUUAAUCCUUAUUCCAACAGAAAUUGUAAUCAGAAAUACAAUCUUCGAUUUAGAGCUUGAUGGUAUAAUAAGGGUGCAAACCAGAAUUCGAGACGGAGGAUCUGCCCUUUGGAAUUUCUUUGACUGGUUUGCUUUUAUAGUAACGUUCCCAGCAAGAAAUAUCUUUGUCAACUGACUUGCAGCAUUUAUCUAUCUUGUUCUAGAUCCUGUCCUCGGAUUCAAGUCAGCACUUACUCUUUACUUUGGAGCUUUUGUUAUUUCUAUGAUUAAAUUAUUCUAUAAAGUCCCGAGACCAUAUUGGAUGGACAGAAGAGUGACAGGGCUUGAUUGAUUAAUGGACUUUUCUGGUCCAUCAGACAGUAUUUUCUUUGUCACAUUCUUCUACUCAUACAAUCUGAUAAUCUUUCUUGUGCUAUAUUCAAAGAAGAAGCAUAAAGUGUGGCUUGGAAUAAGCUUAGGGUUACUCUCAUUAGUCAUAAUCCUACAAAUUUUCUUGCUUAACUUCAGAGGUACUGUGUUCUAUCUAGAAUCAAUGAUAGGAGUAGUGUACGGAGUGAUCUAUACAGCUAUCUGACUAAGUCUUGAUUCUGAAAUCCACAAGAUCUCUGAGUUUACAGCGUUUAUCAUCAAAACUAGCAAGAAAUAUAAAUUCUAUCUUCUGUUCUUCAGCUUGAUACUAUUCGCAAUCGCCUUGGUUUACUAUAAUGCUGAACUGAUCACUUGGAGAGCACCUCAGCUUUGGAUAGUUAAUUCUCAAGAAGAAUGAGACUUUGAUGAAAACUUUGAGAUCAGGCUCGGCCUUGAUGCUACCUUUCUGCACACAGCAGCUAUUUUUGGACUCAUUGGGCUAGGAUUUGGAGCAUCAAUGGCAACUAAGAUUGUAGAUAAUGUUGGAUGGGCUCAUACUGCUCUUUGGAAGAGAAUCAUUAGAGGAAUUAUUGGUGUAGCAAUUUAUGUAGGCAUCUUUGUCGCGUUUUGGUUCAUUCCAAGAGUUGAUUUGCCAACAGCGUACUUCUUUAACCAAAUUCUUCCUCAUUUAGUUGCUACUUUUUCCUUAUAUGGUCUGAUACCGAUCUUGUGCAAGUAUAUUGGAUUGAUACAGCAAAGAGAGUCAGAUGAAGUAAGCUCAAGCUCGAGUAGUCCUUCCCAAAGAGAUAGUGCUAAAGGAAGGAUCAACGGAGAAGGCUCUCCUCGCCAAGAGCCUUUGAUUGAAGAAACAAAGAAGGAGGAGUAAUUUAUUUGUUGAAAGCAUUUAUCAAUCUA